GUAGCAAUUUUUGGCGUACGAAAAAAGAAGCCUCCUUCUCUGUGUUCUCUCCUCCCAAUCUUCUUGCGGCAGAAGCAAAGCGCAGCGGAGGCGAGAUGGACGGCGGCGGAGAGGACGGCAAGCAGCAGCCGCACCUGGUGCUGGCGCACAAGCUGUUCCUGCUCUCGCACCCCGACGUCGACGACCUCGCCAAGGUCGACCUCCGCGCGGACGUCCUCGCCGCCGUCAAACCCGACGACAUGGCGGCACUGUACGAGUCGCUGGCGGCGGACGGCGUGCUGGAGAUGGACGCGGCGCUGCUCGCGGAGAUGCGCGCCCGGAUCGAGGAGGAGAUCCGGAAGCUGGACGAGAAGAUUGCCGAUGCUGAGGAGAAUUUGGGCGAGAGUGAAGUGCGUGAAGCCCAUCUUGCCAAAUCCUUGUAUUUCAUCAGGGUUGGGGAGAAGGAAAAAGCACUGGAGCAGCUUAAAGUUACUGAAGGGAAAACUGUAGCUGUUGGCCAAAAGAUGGACCUUGUUUUCUACACAUUACAAAUUGGAUUUUUCUAUAUGGACUUUGAUCUCAUCUCAAAGUCAAUUGACAAGGCCAAAAGCUUGUUUGAAGAGGGUGGUGAUUGGGAGAGGAAGAACAGAUUGAAAGUGUAUGAAGGCUUGUAUUGCAUGGCAACUAGAAACUUCAAGAAAGCAGCUAGCUUAUUCUUGGAUUCGAUUUCAACUUUCACGACUUAUGAGCUCUUCCCCUAUGAUACAUUCAUCUUCUACACGGUCCUCACGAGUGUUAUCACACUGGAUCGUGUAUCUCUGAAAAAAAAGGUUGUAGAUGCACCUGAGAUCCUAGCUGUCAUUGGCAAAGUACCUCACCUUUCCGAAUUUCUCAAUUCCCUCUACAAUUGCCAGUACAAGUCAUUUUUUAUUGCAUUCUCUGGCUUGAUGGAACAGAUCAAGUUGGACCGUUACCUGCAGCCUCAUUUCCGCUACUUCAUGCGUGAAGUGCGCACUGUUGUCUAUUCACAAUUUCUGGAAUCGUACAAGAGCGUGACUAUGGAAGCAAUGGCUGCUGCGUUUGGCGUGACAGUCGAUUUCAUUGACCAGGAAUUGUCGCGCUUCAUUGCUGCUGGGAAGCUCCACUGCAAGAUAGAUAAGGUUGCUGGCGUCUUGGAGACGAAUCGACCUGACGCCAGGAACGCCUUCUACCAGGCAACCAUCAAGCAAGGAGACUUCCUGCUCAACCGCAUCCAGAAGCUAUCACGAGUCAUUGACCUGUAGGUGCCUUUCAUGCUGUUGCAGCUCCUUGCCAGAACUCUUCGCUCGAGCUACCCGCGCAUGACUCAUAAUAUAUUUGCUUUGGCUCCUGGCGUGCACGAACAAAACAUUUGACUUUGCAUCGGUCACGGGUGAAGAAGGUUUAGGGAAUCUGUGUUCUAUCCGUGAAAUUAUGUUUUGUAGCCUAACUGCAUGGAUCGAGGAAAAUGCGGGCAUUGCUUCUACACGUUUCUUAUGUGAUGAAUUCAUCCUUUUAUUUCGAUUCA